CAGCACACACACACACACACACACACACACACACACACACACACACACACACACACACACAGAAUUAGUAGGUAGGCAGACAGACAAAAGGUCACAGGUACACACACACAAGGAGUUGUGUUGGGUCAUUAGACAGGGCUGCCUUUCAGGUGCAGGAGGUCUAGACAGCCCCCGGUCUGGAGCCUCCAGCCAGUGGGACGUUGAGCGUGUCCCCGGUAUGGAGAGUAGCUGGCAGUGGGAGAACCAUCAUGCCCCUCAGAGACCAGCCGCGGUUCAAUCGAUGUAACAAGGAAAAGAACAGUUAUUCAUUAUAUCCCCUGGUCAAAGUACCCUGUUCAGAGUCACAGACGGGCAGAGACCUUUGAUUGAGGUUUACCCUGGCAUACUUCCCCUCCCCCUAUGGACCACAUACACCACCCCGACACCCGGGCUUCACCAGGACAUGGGAUGUGGGGGGGGGGGGGGGGGGGGUGAUGGAAGACAGGUGAGGAAGAAGGAAACGACUGCUUUAGAGGGAAUCCAGAUGGACGGCGCAAGAGAGAGAAAAAAUAAUAGAGAAGGAGAGCGAUGCGGAAGAGAGUGGAAGAAAUGAAAUCAAAGGAAAUCAUUUGGCGUCUGUGCUCUAAGGGCGGCCCACACUUUGUCUUUCCCACUUAUUUUCCAUUCCAGGAAGUUUGGGGAGCAAAGGGAAUAAAAGCUACAAUCAUUGUUCCUGAAAGCCAAGGUCAUGGUAUAUAGCAAACUCAGCAUAUUAGCAAUUAUGGUUCCUCAUGUUGAAUAAUUAUUGGUUUAUUAUUGUUUCUUCAUUUACGGGGAACGAGUCCAGAGACUCUGAGGAGCUGCAGCAUCAUCAAUCAGAUCUGGUUGUUGCCUUGGCCCCGGUGGCAGCACUUCAAGGGUCGAGUGGCUCCAAUAUCCUUGGUGUGCUUUUGAUUCUCCUCAGCCUCACUCCCAAGUGCCUCAGGUCAUCUCUGUCUGCACCCACCCUGUCUGCGAGUGACCUCACAUCCUGUUGCUCCCAGGUGACGGCGGGACGUCCCUUGUCUGCUGAUCUGUUCCACAGCCGCCCGCGGCCCCUGGGCCUGUACUCGGGGGCUCUGGACCACAUCGUAGUGACCACCCCAGAUGGAAAGUUUCCCCUCAACCAGCUGGGCCAGGUCUCCAUGAAAUCUCCUCAGCUCAUAGUGGUUAACAUGACCAGCUCCCCAGAGGCUACGGUGGCUGUCACUCGUGCCCUGAGGGAGAGCUCCAUGAAGCUGAACCCAGAGGUGGACGGAGCCAUCAUCAAGGUGCCUCUUCCCAAGGUGACGAGGGAGCACAGGGAGAACCUGGGCAAGCUGGCCAAGCAGCUGAGCAACAAGGCCAAGGACUCCCUGAGGAGGGUGCGCUCCAACGCCGUCACGCAGGUCAAGAAGGCCAAGGAGGAGACCUCUGAGGACACCAUCAGGCUGCUGGAGAAACAGCUUCAGCAAAUGGCGGACAACAUGGCCAUCGACAUCGACAAGCAGCUAGCAUCCAAGACCAAAGAGCUAUUAGGCUAACCAUGCUAAUAAAAGCUAUGCACUACUUAUUA